AUGUAUUUGUGUGUCCAGCCCCGCAUGUGCAUUGACGUAGUAGGAGGCGAGGCCAGGUCUGUGGAGAUCUUGAACAACGGCCUGGAGGUGGUGUGUGACACGGAGACGGACGGCGGAAGAUGGGUCGUGUUUCAGAGGCGAGCGUCGGAAGAGGUAGGUUUUCACCGAAACUGGGAGAGUUACAAGUACGGCUUUGGCGAUCUGAACGGGAACUUUUGGCUAGGCUUGGAGAAAGUGCACAAGCUCACCGCAGAGCAAAGACACGAGCUGAGGGUGGACUUUUCCUACAAAGACAAGAGCUACCACGCCAUUUACAACCAGUUCAAGGUGCUGAGUGAAGUGGAACGCUACACCCUCAAAAUAUCCGGAUUCUCGGGUAACGCUCCUGACGACUUGUCCAGACACAACGGUUGUGGAUUCACUACCAAGGACAGGGACAACGACGGUUGGGAAAACUCAAACUGUGCGAGGAAGUAUCAGGGAGGCUGGUGGUACAGGAGAUGUUGCUGGGUGCACCUGAACGGACUCUGGAACUCUACAAAGGGAUCUACGGGCCUGAACUGGGCUAACGUUACCGGCUGUUACGACUCGGUCUCAUUCAGCGAAAUGAAAAUGCGACCUAUUCUUAACCACGGAAUGUGCCUCCUCUAG